AUGCACACAACGCGAAGCCCUUCGUCCAUUUCGGCCGCCCCUCCGGGGGUCGCCCUGGACCUCAGCUUGUCCGGCUCGCGGCUGUCCAUCUGCAAGAGGCCCAGUGGCGGCGACACACCCGGGAAGUUCUUGGCCCGCUCCGUGUCCGUGUCGGCGGCGUGCGAGGUUCGAGGGAAACGCAACACCCUGAGCGACGCCUCGGGAAGCUCUCGCUCGGUCAAGAACCUGCGGCGCUCCAACAGCACCACGCACGUUAACCAGCAGAGUCAUGUUCCGCUCAGUCCUGACCACCACGGCAGCGAAUACCUAACCGUGUUGGACAGUGGCGACGGCCGCAGAAAACCAGAUGGAAACACGUGGAACAUCCUGGACGAGCAGCCGCGAGCGCCAGAGAGGAUGGCGGGCGUACGUGGUAGCCCCAUCGCAGAUUCGCCAGGCGGCAUGAAGAGAAGGCACACCGCGGCGUCCUUCACUGCCAACAACAGGAGCAACAAGGGAGCCGUGGGCAACGCCGUCACCACUAUCCUGCAUAACAACCACGGCGACAAACCCCUCACACCCAAAAGCUCCAACCAGAGACCACCCUUCAACAACAUCCUGAAAGCCACCGCCAAUGACGACGUCUCUCUGGAGAGCGGUUCGCUCACCAAGUCGCAGAAGAACUUCUCUUCCGCCUCGUCCAACAACAAAAGUCCGGGCGGGAGAGGAAGCCCCCAGCCGCAGCGCCGCGACCAAGUCUCAGAGGAGGAGGCUGAAAGGUUCAUCCAGAAAGUCAACCAGGCUGCUGUCACUAUUCAGCGCUGGUACAGAGAGCAUGCCGGGAGGCGUCACGCCAACCGGGCAGUGCUGCGACGCAUCUUGGACAGCAAAAGAAAGGAGUGGCGAGAGCGAGCUCAGGCCGAAUGUCACCCAGAGCCUCCCAGAGACGACAGGAAGCUGAUUCGGGAAGAAAAAGCUCGACAGGCACGCCUAGCUGCCAUCAAGGAAUUGCAACAGAAAAGAGCCCAGCAAGUUCCUCCUCCACACCGCCACGAUCGAUAUCAGCACGCCGAAGCCAGCGUGGAACGUCGUAGGCCCAGCAGCGCCGCGCCGAGCUCGCCCGCCUACGACAACGUGUCGCCCACUCGCGCCAAAGCUAACAACACAGACUUCCAUCUGAACGUCACGGGCGACUUGAGCGAACUAACCUUCAGGGCGGUCUCUCCAGCGCCAUCCAAUCACAGAGCAUCGCCAUGCGCACAGGAACGGAGAGGCGUGGAGCAUAACCAAGAGAACGACAGGAAGCCGAGUCGUCAAGGCAGACCUCGGUUGUCUCGACUGACCAUCCCCGAGCCCAACGUUUGUGACGAACUGCAGUCGAUAUCUCAGGCCGAGCCUGAAUAUCGGAAGCCGACGCCAACCGCCAGAAGUCCUGCCUCGCCCAGGAACAUCAGCCAGAUUGUUGCGGCGGACGCGAUCAAGGCCAAGAACACUGAAUGCGAACGGAAUCUCCCUCUCGAUUCGGGCGAACUGUGUGGUUUCCGAGCCGUUUCGCCAUCCUUGUCCAGUCGGGGUGGUUCUCAGUGCUCCCAGGGGCGCCCUCGACGCUGUUUGUUCGGCGACGACCGAUCCUUCGCGGCGUCCAAGUCCACCCUUAACGAGUUGUUGGACACGCUCACACUGCUAGAGGAGGAACCAGAGCACUUGAGCGAGCCAAAAUCUUACAACAAAGACAAAUAUGCUUGGAUGGAUGAGGACAGGGAUGCCGAGUCCCUGACGGCCGACAACUUGGAGCGGCUUGGUUUGCCGCCGCCCCCCAACGGAGCGGCGCUGCUGUCCGAGGCCAAGCUGCAGAGCAUCAUGAACUUCCUGGACGAGAUGGAGAAGUCGGAGCAGGAGCGACCUCAUUCCCGCGUCUCGCUGCGAGAGGCAGCGUUCUUGGAGGACGAGGCGCCCGCCGUGGACCCGGCCUCUGCCACUGCCGCCCAAGUGUCCGAUUCCAUCAUGAGGAUCAAGAUGGAGCUGGAGGAGAAGAAGCGCGUGGUGGAGAUGCUGCAGAACGCGCUGGCCCAGCAGAGGGAGCUGACGGUGCAGCACGUCAAGGAGACAGAGAAGGAGCUGAGCCGUAAUCUGCAGUUGCAGAAGGACCAAUAUGAGGCCACGGUGCAGAGACAUCUCACCUUCAUAGAUCAGCUGAUCGGUGACAAAAAAGCACUGAGUGAGCGAUGUGAAGGCGUCAUCGCGGAGCUGAAAUUAGUGGACCACAAGUACACCAAGAAGAUCUCACAGAUGCAGGAACAGCACGAAAUGGUUUGGCAAGUCCUGGCCCCUUUGUGCGAGGAGAUUAAGAAGCUGAAGGAGCUGAUGAGCGUCACGGAGAAGAUCCGGCGGGAGAAGUGGAUUGACGAGAAGACCAAGAAGAUUAAAGAGAUCACGGUGAAAGGCCUGGAGCCGGAGAUCCAGAAGCUAAUCUCCAAGCACAAACUGGAGCUGAAGAAGCUGCGUUCGCUCCACGAAGCCGAGCUGCUGCGGUCCGAGGAACGGGGAGCCGAGCGCUGCGCCCGCCAGUGCGAGGAGCUCCGCCAGCAGCUGGAGCGUGACAAGGAGGAGCAGUGCCGCAAGGAACGAGAGUUAGCCCGCGACCAGUUCCAGAAGCAGCUCCGGGAGGAGGAGCUCUCCCUGCAGGAGCACAGGAGGCGCAUCCACAAGGAGGCGGCCGAUGAGAAGGAGCGGCUGGCGCGGCUGGCCGACAGGCAGCGCUCGGAGAUGGAGGAACUGCGUCGGCGCAUGGAGGAAAACUCCUGCUUGGCCGGACGAGUUUUCAGGGAGGAGCUGGACAAAACCCGAGAGGAGCAGGAGCGGAGACACCAGGCCGAGAUCAAGAAGAUGCAGGAGAGUUUUGAGCAAGAGAAGAUGACCUGGGAGGAGGAAUACAGAAAGAAGCAGGAGACGGGACUAUUGCGGCACGAGCGCCAGCUGCGCGAAGAGCUGAGGCAGGAGCGUGACAAAGAGAUUCAGCUAGCUAUUUGGACGCUGGAAGAGGAGACCACCAAGGAUAAGGAGGAGUUCGAGAGGGCCGCACAAAACAGGGUCAAUCGCGUGCGGGAAACGUACGAGGCGGAGCUGAAGGAGCUGGAGCGGUCGCUGAGGGAGUCGGCAGAAAAGCAACAGGAGCUGAGGAGGCAGCACGCCGACACGCUUCAACAACUGGACGUGCUGCAGGAGCGGCUGAAGCAGAAGGAGCAGGACGCGCUCGCCGUCACCCAGGACCGGGACCAGCUCUUGGAGGAGCGCCACACCGCGGCUUCGCUCGUACGGCAAGAGUUCGCCGGGCGUCUGCUGCUCCUGGAGGAGGAGGCGCAAAGAGCAGGGGCCGAGGCGGAAGAGGCGCGAGCCACAAUGCGGGCGGAGGUGGACCGCGUCACCAAGGAGAAGGAAGAGGAGCUCCUCCAAGUGCACCAGAGAGUCAAGUCAGCCAUCUUGAAGAAAGACGAGGCGGUCAGCGUUCUACGGAAGCAGCAUGAGGCUGCUGUGAAGAGGGCGGAGCAUCUGGAGGCUUUGUGGGAGGAGCAAAGGAAGCAGCUGCUGGAGAAAUGA